GAGUAAAAGCGAUCAUGGGUUCUUCUUCUAGAAAUUUGUAUGCAGGAAUAGGUGAAGGGCAAUCAACCCCACGACCACCUCUUUUUGAUGGAACCAAUUAUACAUAUUGGAAAGAACGAAUGAGAAUCUAUAUUCGUUCCACGAACUUCCAAUUAUGGUUGGUUAUCAAAAACGGGGAAGAGGUGCCGAUGAAGAAAGUCGAGGACAAAUUGAUCCCCAAGACCGAAGAUGAAUUUGAUGCCGAGGACAUCAAAAAGGUCGAGAAUUAUGCAAAGGCAAUAAACAUGCAUUAUUGUGCCGUAAAUCCUGAUGACUACAGAAAAAUCUCUUGCUGCUCAACCGCCAAGGAGAUGUGGGAUAAACUUGAGGUGACGUACGAAGGAACGGACCAAGUACGUGAAGCCAAGAUCGACUUCCUCACCCAAGAGUAUGAGAUGUUUAGAAUGAAGGAGCACGAAAACAUCGAUGACAUGUUCGUCCGAUUCUCCAAGAUAGUCAACGAUCUUCAUACUUUGAAGAAGACCUACACCGACAGGGAUCUUGUGCGAAAGAUCCUACGGAGCUUGACAUCUGAAUGGCAAUCUAAGGUCGAUGCCAUCUAUGAGUCAAUCGGCACAUCAAAUGUCACCAUCGAAAGUUUAAGAGGUAACUUAAAAAUGUAUGAAUCUACUAUACUUAACCCGUCUUUGAAUGACCAGAGAAAAGGCAUAGCAUUAAAAGCCUCCAAUGAACCGACAAUGAAUGACUCAAGCGAUGAUGAUGAAGUCAAGCUUGUCAUGAAGAAGUUUUGCAAACUUCUAAGAAAUAAAGAAAAGGUUGAGGAUGGCCUUGUGUGCUAUGGAUGUGGUGAAGUCGGGCACAUCAAGAACAAAUGCCCGAGAAACGGAAGGAACACUCGCUGUUUCAAAAAGCACAGAGCAUACAUCUCUUGGGGUGGCGACUCCAGCGACGAGUCAACUGACCAAGACGAGGAUGAAACUGCCAACCUCUGUCUCAUGGCACAUAUGAAGACCAAACCGACAAUGAACAAGAACGACAACUUCUGGGAUAGAUAUCGUCAUGGUGAUCGAAGAGGCUCCCUCAUCCAACGUAGAAAUUGGUGGAACCCCUCCCAGAAACCUAAUUCAUCCUCCAUUGCAAAUGAUCGAAUUUUGGACACGUCAGCCCCUCGAAAGGUGUUACACAGGGAAGGUUUGCUUCUGUUCCGACCUACUAAUCACCUGACAAAGAACUUGCAAGCAUCAUUCGUUUUGGACCUGGAAGAACACUCUUGUUCUAAGUGUCUGUUUGCAAUGGACACCGAGUCACUUUCUGAGUUCGGGAUUCAUGCUCUCAAGAGUGCAAUACCUGCCCCUUCUUUAGAUCAAAGUUUAACACCAUCAGUCCUUAAUGAACACUGGGAGGGAGCAGAGGCAGGCAUGGAGUGUGAAGCACCUGUCAGAACUUGGAGUGACGCUAUCAACGUUGACCGGCAAUCCAUUCAACUUCCUGUAGCUCCUACUUUCACUUCCUAUAACCCAUUCGGGAUUCUUGAAUCAAGUGAGGACCAUGAGGACCCCUCGGAGGCUCGUAAUUUCAACAGUGCAGGCGACAUGAUAGAUUUAUUUAAUUGCUCUUCAACUGCAAGGAUGAUGAAACUAAAUGCCCUUGAGGAUGCAAGCCUGGGAUUUGAAGAACCUGCCCUCUACACUCACUCUGAAGGAGAGAAAACUGUUUUUAUUGACUCUAAGCUUGAACCUUUUAGAAUCAUAACUCCUAGUUCCUCUAAUAUGUCAUUACAGCUUCCGAAAUUAGCUAAGGGUUAUGAUGAUUGGAAGAUCAUGAUGGAAGCACAUCUCUACGCUCUACAUGAUUGCAUGUGGAUGGUGCUUGAGGAUGGACCCUUGAAAAUCCAAAUGGAGAACCCUGAGAGGAAUCCAGCUGCUCCAGAUGUAGUGCAGUACAUUCCAAAGCCCAAGGAAAAAUGGGAUGAUAGAGAUUGCAAAAAGCACAAUCUGGACAACGUCGCCAAAGCAACCAUCUUCAAGACACUUGAUCCCAUCACCUUCUCCAAGAUUAAGCAUCUCAAGACUGCCAUGGAGAUUUGGCAAGAAGUCCUGCUUGAGAAGUUCAAAAGCUUCAAAAUGCUUCCCGGAGAAUCAUUUGAUAUGUUGGAUGAAAGAUUCCACAAGAUAUUGAAUGAUCUUGCUUCACUUAACCACAUUCUUUCUCCCAAAGAAAAGAAUCUAAGGUUGCUGAGAUCACUUCCAACUGAGUGGUACACCAAAGCCACAGCCAUGGAAGAAGGAAGAAACCUGGAGAACUACACUGUUCAAGGUCUCCUUGAUGAACUCAGAACCUAUGAGCACGAGCUGAAGAAGAAGAAAGAAGAACAAGUCACUCCCUUCCCCACGGCAUUGAUGACAACUCCAAGAAUCCCAUCAAGUGAAGGGACAUGCACAAGAAACUGUGACACACCUUCCUCCAGCCAGCCGACAAGCUCAAAAAUGGAGAACUACGAUGAUGAAUUUGCCAUGAUGGUCAAACAAUUCUGGAAGUUCAAGAAGUUCUUCAAGAAGGCUGAUUCAAUCAGAAGGCCAUCCAAGGGAAAGUCACAGGUAAGUGACUCCCCUCCCGAAUCUUAUUUAUGCUAUAACUGCAGGAAGCCUGGCCACUGGAACUCAAGCUCGGAUGAAGAAGCCUUCGUCUGCAUGGAGCGCAGAGUUGGGAAGUCCAACCAUGAGGACAGGUGGACUAUGUCAGAAGAUGACACUCUCUGCCUAAUGGCCAAAGAUGAUGCUGAUCAAGAGUUCAAAAAGAUGAUGAAAGAUUUUGAGGAGAUAAAUCUAAAACACUCAUCCUUAACAGAAGAGAACAAACUAUUGAGUGAAGAGAAUCUCAAGUUGACUCAAAAUCGGAAAAGUCAACUGAAUGAGAUCACUCAACUCAAGACUGAAAAUGAAUCUCUCUCUGAAAAGGUGAAAUCCCUUAACAAAGAGCUAGGGAUACUUAAGUCCCAAGAAGCAGUGAACAAGCUUCUUGAAACGACCAAACAAAAGGGUCGCAAAGGACUUGGCUUUGACCCCUCUAGUUCCCAAAGAAAAGGGAAAACAACUUUUAUCCCUCCUAAACCUACUGCCAAACCAAAUAAGCAGAAAGGGAAAGAAAAGGAGAAACCAACAGAAGUUCCCAAAAAGGACAUGGAAUCUCUCAAGAACAUCUCCACAAAUGAAGUCAUUCUCACUGGGAAGAGAAUCAGAAACAUCUAUGAAGUGAUAUGGAACGAUGUCAAGGAAGCAUGUCUCAUCAGCAAAGAUCUUCUCACUCAAAUUUCCGAGAAAAUGAAGAUUGUUGGCGCUAAUAUCCAUUUCCAGAAGUUGGAAGCCAAGUGCUCCUCACCAACGUUCUAUCAAUCCUAUCUGGAGAUGAUUGCUGCUCAAGAGCUCUCCGAAUUCCUUCAUAUGGAGAUUCGAUUUAAGUAUGAGAACGAAGUUCUUGAAUUCUACAAGAAUGGAAAGGUCAAGACUGUCAAAUCAAUGAAGGACCCACAAAGGACGAUUCAAGUCAUCAAUUCCACUGUUGGAGGGACAAAAGUGAAGCUUUUACAGAAGAAAUUGGGAGAAAAGCUUCACCUUCCCAAUUCUGGAGUUGAAAUUGGGAGACUUCCAGCCAAGAAUCUGGAUUGGAACAUUAUUGGAAUUUCUGGGCAAACUCCCUCUGGCCCAGCGAAGAAUACUCAUCUGAACAACGACUACAAGCUAGUCCUUGAACUGGUCAUCGCAUGGCUCGAAUGUGGAAGUGGAGAACAUGCUGAUGACAUCACCCAAGAGAGGGCCUUCAUAAUCAAUGCCCUCAUUACCAAGUCUAAGGUAAAUUGGGCUGCUCAUUUCUUCAAUUCCAUCUCAAAGCAUCUGGGAAAACCCAACCAGAAAUACCUUUGUCAAGGUCUGUACAUUGGACAUAUCUUGGAGUCCUUGGGUGCUGCUUCUAAAGGAAAGAAGUAUGAAGCCAGAUAUUGGCUAUACUAUCUGUCUUCCAAAGGGGAAAACAGAGCUGGUCCUAGCACAACUGCAGAGGAAAGUUCUUCAGACAAUGUCCUUAUCAUGAGUCUGAACAAAUCAGUAAAGAGGAAGCAACUGGUGUCUCCCUCUCCCAGUGCUGAAGCACCACAGAAUCUUGCUCCAAUCAAUCUUGAAGAAGAAGAAGAAUUCUCUGACCAAGGAGAACUACAAAGGAAAAAGAAGAGGAAAAUCACCUCUCCCUCAACAUCUGGAUAUGUCAAUCCGGAUGAGUUGAAGGAGAAGGAACCAGCUGAGGAAACCUCUGCCCACAACCGGAGUCCUCAACAACUUGAAGAAGAAAUUCCUCAAGUUCAGAAUUCUCCAACCUCCUCACAACCUCAAGUAGAUGAUGCUGAGAAUCAAUUCUGGCAGCUCUACUAUGACUGGAGAGCUUGGAAAGUUGGAAAUUCAGCAGAACAGUUGCUGAAUUGGGACCAGCAGCUGAAGAAUGAGAAGAUCAUCAAGAAGUGCUUAGGUCUGCCAGUCAACUAUUGCUGUGAGGAAAUCCUGGAUGUUGACAGGGUAUGGGAAAGGAACUAUGAAGAUUUGCAUCUGGAACACUUAGUCACCUCACCAAUUUCAGAAUUUGAAGUGGAUGAUGAGGAUCCUGCAGUCUACAAACCAGUCUUCUCAAAAACCACAGAAGAUCAGGAAGGAUCAAAUGAAGAACUCCAGCAACUUCUCCAUUCUGAAGCUUUAGAGAUUCUCACAAAUCCUUGUGAGAUCACCAAUCCUACUGAAACUGAGAUCCCGGAGAAGUCAGCAGAAAAUUUGGAGAUGUCCAAAACUCCAGAAACAAAUGAAGCUCAAGAAGAGCAAGCUGUAGAAGCGCAGAGAAGUUCCGCAGAAGCUGAGAAGGAAACUCAAAUGGCAGAACUAGAGGCCUCCAAAUCUCCACGAGCCAUUUUUGAAGGACAGAAUGAAGCUGGAGAAAGAGACUCCCUCUCUCGGGAUAUAUCAAAUUUUACACUUGGGGAAGCAGAAGAAGAAUCUGAAAGGACCCUGAAGAUCAAUGAUGAAGAAGAUGUACAAGAUGAUGUUGAAUUUCUUCCUAUGCAACUCUUCCAAAGAACACCCUCUUCUCAUCAGGUAACCAACUUCCAUUUUCAUAGCUCUUCCAUUCCUAUUCUUCCGGAUGAGGUACCGGAAAUCUGGACAAAGAAGGUCCAAGGGUUGAUUGAAUCAGCCCUAGCAUCUCAACAUGCCUCCUUUAGGCAAGAGAUAGAGCAGAUAGAAGCCAGGCACAACAAACUGAUUGAGAAAUUCGAAGAGACACACUGCUCCAAUCUCAAGGAGAUAAGCAAAUCAAUGGAUAAAACUCUAGAGAUCUUAUCUCUAUUGAGUAACACUGUGAGCAACACGAUGGAGACAUAUGCAUCUGACAGCUAUCUUCCACUCAAGGAGGUUAGCAAAAUCAGAGAGCAAAUAGCAAAUGUCACAGUCAGUCUACAAAAACAAAUGUCCAUUCUCCAAAUGGACAUCAGAGCCGCUCUGGGAGUAUCUUCAGCAAAUCAAGUAGUAACCAAGGACUACUUGAAGGUCAACCAAAAUGAAGAAUGCGUGAUCGAUAAUGUUUUGGGAGAGGCCCCAGCUUUAAGAAGUGAGCUGGAAAAGCACAAUGAACAGCAGAAACCCGCUAGGGUUGAGAAUGGUGGUCAUGAAGAUAAUUCGUUGGAAACUACGAGAAUGAUGUUCAAGGAAGCAAUGAAAGCUGCUUGGGAUGAUGCAGAGGAUAGCUUUAAUUGGGGGAAACCAGAAUUGAGGUGUGACAUUCUAGACAGUUCAUUUGCAAAAGCCAAGAAGGAGGAGAGAUAUGAAGAAAUGCCAUCACUAGUGCUGAAGAUGUUGGCCGAUUUCUUGGAGCAACAAGAAUUUAGAAACAAGGCAGCCUUUAUACAUGAACUUAAACCUGAAAGAAUUGGGCUACCUUGGAGCGAUGCAAAGCAAGUGUAUGAGUACGGGGUGGCAACAAUACGUCACAUGGAGACCUACAAGGGAGAUGGUGCGAAGGGAUGGGAUUGUGGUCUGUCGAAGCUAAAUCACAAGCCGCAUUUGGUCCUGCGUAUGAUGUACUGUGCAGCAAUUUUACUUCACGAGGUGAAUGAGAUGAUGGAGAUGGUAGCGAACGAGUCUUUUAAAAAUGAUAAGGUGGUUAAGGGGAAGAAUCUUGAGUGAAAAAAUAUUCUGAUGCUCUGCCUGAAUAUUUGUUCCACGGGGUGUUUUUUGGUAUUUUGAGAACAUAUAGUUUGAUUGUUUUUGGUUGAUUUGUUUUUUGGGGGAGGAGCCAUUCCUUCACAUGACGUGCAAAGGAUGACAUUG